AUCCGUUACAUCAAAAAGUAGUAUUGCAAUUCUACAAAUUUCAGCUAUAAUCAGAGUGAGAGACACGAACGCGCUUGUACAACGAGGAAGAAAGGAAAUAGCAGCCCAAACUCACCUCGUUUUGAUUUGGGUGAAAUAAUGGUGGCACGAACCCCACCAAAGCAGCACCACAAGCUUGCGGCGGUGGCGCCGCCCAUCAGUCCCACUCUCCUCCGAGAAACCGUUAACAAGGUGGAUCGAUGUAUGGCUCGGCUGCAAGAGCUUCAACACACAGUCACAGUUGGGACUAUGCCAACAAGCCCCCGCUGCAAAAAUGAUUCAUUCAGGUUAAAAAAUGCUAAAUCUCGAAGAUCCCCUCCUGGAAAGCUGCCAUUAAGUAAAGAGGAAUGGCGCAAAAUGUCGUUGCCAGCAAUGCUAUUGGGAGAAACAGUUGGAGAAAUCCUACAAGCAACACAGUUUGCCAGAAAUGUAGUCGAGGCAGUGUCAUCCAAGCCUCAAAAACCAGUAGACAACGAGCCAAAAACACCACUGACAAAGCAGAAGCCGGACCUGGAGAGCUCCAGUCUGCAUGCGCGUAGAAGGAGGGAGAAGCAAGUUGUGCAACAGAAAGAAUCAAACAACGCGACUUCUUCUCUAAGACGAGCCAAGUCCAAGAUCAACUUCAAGGUCUCGCCCUUGCAGAAGAACAGAGAGUGUGACAAGGAAAACUGCCGGUACAUAGCUAAUAGAGUCUCACCAAGGAAUAGGCCAUGGGUGAGGAAGACUGUCCUAUUUCCAAAUCCUUUGUUUCUGUCAUCUCCCACAUCACAGCAUCACAAGUUUGGCAAGACAAAGUCACCCAUGAUUGCAAAAAAUCGACAUACCCCGCCACAUAGGUUCUUGAUCAAGUCCCCUCCUCCUCCUCCACCUGCUGCUGCCUCCUCCAAGUUCCAAGUGAAAAUCAGAAGCCCUCCUCUUUGUAUUUCCCCAACACGAGGUGCUGAGAGGGCGUCAUCAGCUGCAGCAAGGCUGCGGAGAUCGUUCUCGCCUUCGAGGCUGGCCAGCAAGCUGGUGUCGCCACUGAAAAGCAGAAAAUCCUUGCCACAGAAUAGUGAGUUGAUGAUGAAGAAGACAAUGAGUGGAUUGAAACAGCGUCCUUCAUCUUUUUCAUUGCGAUUCUCCUCACCUCGGAGAGUUUGAAAGUACAUACAUUUCUUGAUUUCUUUCUUCUAUGUUAUUUGUGUUGCAGAUAGAUAUAUUCUCAAUGUCAUCACAGUAUGCAGUUUUUUGUCCUUGUAACAUUUUUCUUGAUAUAUUCUUUCACAAUUUGAUGUCAUCAUCAUGUCUGAACAGUA